GCAUCGGCCGGGGACAAGAAUACCGGUACCAAGGCGCGCGGCCUGGAGAGCAUGGGUCACUUGGUUCGCAUUACACAAUACGUACGGUAAAGUACGGUAAUGUUUGCCUGUCAAAAGAGAAUGGUUGUUGCCAGUUGGUCCAGCUACAUGUCCCGAGAGCAAUGCCAAGAUCUCCGCCGGCAAAGUCUGCAGGCCGUCCAGACUCGGGGAGGCGGACGGACUUCCAUGUUGCUGCAUUUGCCGUCCUCCGCGCUGUGCGAUAUCACCAAAGUGUACCUCUCCCUUCAGUUGCCAAUGAUCGACUCUUUACGAAUACACCCAAAUGAAAGAAAGUACGCGUCCGACAGACAUGCAAAUCCGUAUAGCAGAGGCCCUGCCUCAUCUCAACGAGUCGGCCGCAAGCGGGCCUUGCGGGGAACCGCAAUACGACAAUUCAGAGGAGUUGGAACGUUGAUGACUCGCAAGCCACAUGGCUUGAGAAAAGGAUCUUCCCUGCCUUCAUUCAUUGAGGCUAGACGACCGUUUGGGAACUUCUCAGAAGGGAUAUCCCCCUCACCUCCAGCCCUCCUGUCAACAGGAAUGCAGGCGGACUGGCGAAAUGAGCCCUUUGCUGCUAAGCCAGUCCCCGGACCCCUGCAUGUGGUCCCUAUAUCGGUCUUCUACUAAGAGUCAAAAGAAUACACCGGCGUUCCGGUUUGCUUUUUUUGACAGCCGCCUGACACAAGACGACAAAAAAGAGCAAUAACAACGUCAGGAAUGGGCUUCUCGUCCGGUGAACGGGGCUUCUGGUGUAUA